AUGGAUUUAUUGGAAUAUCAAGAUAUAGCCGUCUUGAAAGCAGAUAUAGGAGAUCGUUUUGUAAAAAUUACCUACAGACAGAGUUUUACUCUCUCAUAUUUUAAACCAUGGCCUCAAACCCACAUUGGAUGUGGAUUCUUCCCAGCUGCAAGCCCCUUGAAAUUUCCAUCCAAUCUGGAAGAGUUAAGCACUCUUGUCAACACUCUUACUUUGUACAAAUCUGACCAUAUAAGCUACAUUGUCAUCCUUUUCUGCAGCGCCUAUCUCUAUAAACAAACGUUUGCAAUUCCUGGAUCUGUGUUUUUGAACCUGCUGGCAGGUGCUCUCUUUGGUGCUGGAGCUGGCUUCAUAGUUACCAGUAUUUUGACUGCAUGUGGGGCUACCAAUUGUUAUCUUCUUUCCAAAAAUUUUGGUAAACCCAUUGUUAUCCGAAAAUUCAAGGAUAGAUUAGCAUUCCUACAAGAAAAGGUUGACGCUAAUAUGGAUUGUCUUUUCUACUUCCUUCUAUUCUUGCGUCUUUUUCCAAUGUCUCCAAAUUGGUUCCUCAAUAUUGCAUCUCCUAUCCUCAACAUUCCAAUUCAUUAUUUUUUCUUCUCGGUUUUGAUUGGUUUGAUGCCAUACAACUUCAUCUGUGUUCAAACAGGCUGUGUAUUGUCUUCCAUUAAAUCUGUAAAUGAUAUCUUCACUUUCUGGAUCCUUUUCAAACUCCUGGCAGUUGCUCUUGUUGCUCUGCUGCCAGGUAUGGUCAUCAAAUGGUGGAAAAGCAAAACCAUCAAAGUGGAAUAA